UUGCAACUUACAUGGCGAAUUUAAGUUCAACUGUAAUUGCCCAAGCCUUGGGGGACCAAAGAAAACAGAGGUUGCUUUUACUUAUAUCAUUAUACUUGAUUGGAGCUCUAGUAAUCUACUUCUACAUCUAUGACAUCUUAGUUCUAACCAUACUAGCCCUGACUUUUUGGUACGCCUAUGACCAUAUCAAGGCUUACACCAGAGACUGUUUGGAUCCUCAGGGGAAAUAUGUUUAUAUAACAGGAUGCGACUCCGGUUUGUAUUUUUCUUGCCUAUCAUUUAUCAUGUACUUGUAUUUUUCUUUUCAAAUUGGGGUGUGUGUGGCUAUGUAAUUUGUUGUGAAUAAAUUCAAGUUUAUUAAAUGUAUAAAUUUACUGAAGGAUAUACAAUCAAAUAUAAACUAAUUUAAAGUUAAUCAUGGGUAUGAGAUUAUCUGGUUUAAUUCAAAAGUGACUGUUAUUUUCUAUUAAUAAUUUUUUUUUCUCUUUUUGUAACCAGGAUUUGGUUUAGAAGCAGCAAAAGCCAUUCGAGAUCUGGGCUUUGGCGUUAUUGCCGGUUGCCUUGAUGACAACAGUCCAGGUGCUAUAGAACUGAAGGCCAGGCCAUGGGUAAAAAAAAUUGAAGUUGUCAUCCUAGACGUGUCUAAUGAAGCCAGUGUACUAGCAUGUGCUAGAGAGGUCAAGGACAUCUGCCGUGAUCAAGGUAGUAAAACAAAAUGUUAUUUUAAGUUAAAUUUAGAAGUUGCAUUUACAGGUUUUAUACACAGGUUUUAAUUUUUGUGACUUGGAGCAGUCUCAUUACCUUCUCUAUUAUACCUUAUAGUGUAAUGUUGAGACUGUAGCCUUACACCAAAGAGGUAGUGGGUGGAAUUUAAAUUGUCUGACCAAAAAAACUUUGCUUAAGUUUAAAGUACCAGGUGAAUAUACACUAAUUACAGCACCCAAGAUAAGUUAGUUAGUUCCUGUUGAGGAUUUUUUUAAUAAGCUUUUUAUAACCUCAAUUAACAUUUUAACUUAUUCUCAAGUUGUUAUGCAAAACAAAUAACUGAUACUUUUGCGCAGCUUAUCAUUCUCCCUAUUUAACUAUACACAUUCUGUUUUUCCUUUUGCUAGGCCUGUGGGCUGUUAUUAACAAUGCUGGCAUAAAUUGCAUGGGCCCUGCUGAGCUGGUCACCAUGGAGAUGUUUCACAGGUGUGCUGAGGUGAAUCUGUUCGGUGCCAUCAGAGUUAUUAAGUCAGUCCUCCCCUUGAUUAGACAAGCUGAAGGUUUGUAUACAAUGAUGGAAAUGGAAAGAGUCAUUUGCAACCAUUUUUAAUAAUUCUUAAUUUCAAAUUAAUUUUAUUUGGAAAUUAGUAACAUAAAAAAUUGUGUAUGUCUACCAACAUCAUUUAAAAAUAUUGUAAGUAUUUUAUCUAGAGACAUAAUUAAAUUACUAUUAAAAAGAAUUUUAUGUAAUGUCUUAUGUUUCAAAAUUUUGUUUUUGUAUGUGUCACUCUUUUUGAACAAAAUUAACAUUUUUAAAUUAAAAGCUUAACGCUUAAAUUUGUUAAGUUUUUUUCAUCAAUUUUUCAUGCAUUACUUACUAUCUUGUUAAUUAUGGGACUUAAUGCCAAUCUGGUAGGUGUAACUAUAUAGUCAAUGUACCUUCUUAUGUGGCACUUUAUGAAAGAAACUGUCUUUGUACACCCUUGGACCAAUGCUAGUUACAUUGAACGAUGUUUUAGCACCAUCAAAACCGUCCUAAGAAAUGGGGACUCAAUCAUGGAGGCAGGAUGCAUUCUAAUUGGGUAAUCUGACUGUUUUAACCAGCUAGCAGAGGAGCUUCCUGACACUUAAUCUGUCCUUUGCUUAUCUCUUAAGAUUUACUUUGACAGCUAGUAACAAGGUCCAAGACUUACCUGGCAUUUUAAGAAAUUCUGCUUUGAAUAUGACAGAAUGCUUCAAGGUAGUCUGAAAAUAUCCGUCAUGCCAUUCAACCUUGACGACACUCUUUGCUGUAAAAUUUAUGAUUUUUAUUUUCGUUUUGAAUGCCUACCAGAAGGCGCUUGUCCAUUUUAUAAUUGCAAAUGUUUGGUAAUGUAAAAAAAAAAUUAACAUCGGUCACUGUAUCUGUGGGUUAAAAUUUUAAAUAUUGCUUCAUUUUUCACAGGAAGAAUUGUCAAUGUUACCAGUGAAAGGGGUUUUAACCCUUGGAAGGACAGCUCACCUUACUGUGCAACAAAGUUUGGCCUCGAAGCGUUCUCAGCCUGCCUGCGCAGAGAGAUGGAAGUUUUCAAAGUCAAAGUAAUCACUGUGGCGCCAGGCGAGUUUGCUGGAGCCACCAGUAUUGCCAAGCAAAAAAUGGUAAUGUUAAUAUUUAAUAUUAAAAAUAUGACCCAUUAAGUCAGCAGUUUCAAAAUUAUCUUUUUUUAAUCUCACAUUGAAAAUUGCUUUUCCCCAAAUUUUCAAACAGAGAUAUCUAAUACCGGUAAUAAACUCUUCAAGUCUAAUCUCCAUUGAUUGAUACAGAAAUUUUUUUAACAGGCACGUUAACAAUCCAGGUAACAAAAGUCAAUUUCCAUUUUGAGCAGCCAGGGGAACAAGUCAAUCAGGCUAGAGGCCAAAGUUCAAGCCCUACCUUGCAUUGCCUUGUUUGAAACUUAAUGGAACAAACCAGGAGGAUAACACUUAUUUAAACAAAUGAAUUUUUAAGUCAGAUCUUCCCCUGGGCCAUUGUGGUUCAUCAUUCCUUUUUUUAAAAUAUUCUGAGCAAAAAUUUAAAAUUUACCAUUCAUUUGUCAGAGAUUUCUGUAGGAUCCAAUGACUUAUCCAUUACUUGUUCAGAAUGAACAGCUGAUAGAGAAACUCUUGCAGUCCCGCUCAGCACUGUCCCUACAGGAGCAGCAGGAGGCCUACACCAAGGAAUCUGUGACUGACAUCAGUGCAAGGAUAGAGGCCGCCGUGAAGAAAUCGUGCAGCUCCUGUGAGCCAGUUGUUAGUGUGUACAUCGACGCUGUCCUUAACGCAGACCCCAAGAGGUGCUACUUGAUCCAUGGUUUCAAGAGGCAGUGCCUGGAUCCUUUAAUAGUAAGUCUCGUGUCGUAUCUAUUCCAGGGCUGUGUGAUAUGAUGAGUAGGCUGCUGCAGACUAGCAUAAAUGAGGUACGGUUUUAUGAGGAUGUAACCAGAUAUAUUUAAAAAACAGAAACAAUUCAAAAUUGCAGUCUGGUUGUUGUUUUUUUAAUCAUGAAAUGCAUAUGAAAUUUAAAGUUUGAGUUAGGGACUAUUGUUCUCUCAAAGCUCCACAAAAUUUAAACAAACCCCAGGUGGGUAGUGGACACAAACAUAGUUUAGUUUACGAUUUUGGUCUCCAUAUUUUGAUCCGUUACAUAUUUAAAAACUGAAAUACUACAUUGGAAGAAAAAAAAUGAGGCAGCUAAUUUUAUGGCUUUUGAAAAUAUCUUUUUAGUUGAAUGUGUUGCUUCAUGACUGUCUCGCUGUAUGUGUUGUUUCCUGAUUGUCUUGCUCUAUGUUUUAUUUCAUGAGUUUCCUGUUGUAAUUGUUUGGGGUUUUUUUUUAAUGAUUGUCCUAUUGUAUGUGUUGUUUUUUGAUUGUCCUGUUGUAUAUCCACAGAUCUUGGCUCGCUGUCGUCCAUUUAUACCAGAGAAAGUUGUCCAUGUCGUUGAAAAAAUAUUGUUCUCAAUACUUGGAUAAAUCAUCACUGCUUCAAAAAAUAAAAAUGGCACAGUUUUGUCAGGGUUUAUCAUAUACCUUGUCUAGAUCACAUUUUUGUCAGGUUUUGUCUUGUACAUUGUUGAGAUCAGAUUUAUUUUGUUACAAAAUGUGACUUUGGUCAGGGCUUCCCCAGUUGUUGGGUUUUUUUGUUUUGUUUUUUUGUUUUGUUUUUUUUUAAAAUAAAAAUUCCAUUUUGCUUGGCGCAGAAGUGUGCACUAAACCUUAAAAUUUAGAAAAUUGUAUUUUGGCUGUAAUUCAAAUACCUCCAUAUUUUAGGGAGCUCAUUGUUUGUUUUUUUACACAUCCUUGAAAAUUUCUACAAAGACACUUUAGAUAUAGAGUUUUAACCUCGUGAUCUAGAUCAGUGGUUCCCAACCUGUGCUCUGCAGAGUCCAAAGGGCUCCUCGUGCACUUCUCAAGUGUUUCAUGUUGGGUCUAGGAAACUUCUGAGCAAUAUCAACUUGUCAAACAGAGUAAGCCUGACCAGCUUCCCUCAAUACAAAGUGAUUCUAAAGAAUGUCUCAGUAAGUCAAAAAUACUGGGAACCACUGACCUAAAUUGACAUUUUGGAGAGCAGCGGAGCCAAUGUGUAUAUAUAUCUUCUGAAUUAAAAGGUAGAUGUAAGCUCAAAAAGAAGAGCUGCCCCACCGCUCAGCCUAAUGUCUAUCAUAAAUUACCUCCCAUAUCAAAUCAACUGUUUUGUCAUCUAAAUGAAUAAUUAAUAACUCCCAUAUCAUUAACUAUCUUGACCUAAGCAUCUUUAUUCAAGCAAGUUACCUUGGAGUAACUUCAAUUUUUUCCUCCGCAAUAUAGUUCAAAAUUAAUGUGGCAAUGUGAGACGUUACUUUUGGUUAGAAAGAACAGAAACUGCAUUUGUUUUUCACCAUAACAAUUUUCCGAGGCCCAUUUUUUUAAUACAUCUGUUAAUGUCUUUUUAAUAAGUUUAAACCAGUUAAAAUUAAGGAAAAGAAAUUAAAUACGUUGACAUUUUUGAAAAACGUGUUUUUAAAACCCAUUGCCAAUCCAUUCAACGAGACCAGUUAAUUGCCCAAAAGGCCUAUGCACCACGUUUGUUAGUGAAUAAGUGUUGUACAGAUGAUUAAGUUAUGUAAUCAUUAGAUUUACACAGCAAUUUUAUUAUCUUAAAAUUCCUUACCUUGAGCCUCAUCAUGGCAAGUAAUUUGUUUUUAUAUAGUUGUUUAUGUAACAAACUUUCAGCUCCAUGUUAGAAACUUGUUUUCCUUGCUUUUAUUUAACUGCUAUUAUUGGUAGCAGAGAUUUUGCAUAAAAAUGUUUCUCUUUGACUGCCAAAUCAAUGAAAUGCUUUGUUAAGCAAUUUGUGUGGAAUUAGUUGUUACUGCUUACACAUUUUUUUUUUAAAAAUAAGUUGCACAGUUUAUAGCAACAGGGUAUUUGAUCAUAAUUUUAAAUAAUUUAGUUUUCAAUUUAAAAUUUCUGUAAAAACAUUUCUUUAUGCUUCAGCAUGUAAAAU